AGUCUUCAUAGCUUAAUUUACUAGCUAUCGAUCAUAUCAUGGGAGACAUGGAAGAAGGAGCGAAUGUUCGGAGACCACCUUUACUGCGUGGACAUAACUACAAUUUCUGGAAGGGCAGGAUGAGGGCCUUUCUCAAAUCCCUUGGGGGUGGAGUCUGGAGAAGUGUAGAAACUGGGUGGACUGAACCGCGCAAAUACUCUGAUGAUCUGACAACGUCAAGAAUCAAACCAUUCGAAGAAUAUAGCAGAACUGAAGUAACCGCUGCUGAGUUUAAUGACAAAGCCUUAAAUGCAAUCUUUGGGGCAGUGGACUCUACCCAAUACAAGCUCAUCUCAAACUGUGACAAUGCCAAGGAAGCCUGGGAUAUUCUUGAAGUCACGCAUGAGGGAGAUGAGGAAGUGAAGACUGCAAAAUAUCAGAUUUUGAUGACUCAAUAUGAAAAUCUGCGCAUGGACGAGAAGGAAAAGAUCACUGAAUUUCAUGGAAGAGUUAGAGAUAUUGCAAACCAGGCUGCACGACUGAAUGAACCCAUUCCAGAAAACAAGCUGGUUCUCAAGGUGCUGAGAUCACUUCCAAAAGAAUAUGAAAUGGAUGUCAAGGCCAUUCGACGUUCCCACAACAUCAAAAACAUGACUCUUGAUGCACUUAUGGGAAUACUCGAAUCAAUUGAACUGGACAUGGCAGAAGAUGAUAAACGAAGGAAACCUGAUAAGCAGAUUGCUUUUCCCAGCACUGAGAUAGAAGAUGACAGAGAACAUGAUUGGUCACUUGAUGAAGAUUUCCAAGAGCAGCUUUCAUUGUUCACUCGACAAUUCAAGAAGCAGUGGAUUCAGAAGAAAUCAAAUCAAAGACAUGAAGGCACCUCCAAGGGACUUCCAUCAAAAGAUGCUAAGUAUAGAGAAGCCAAAUACACAGAAAGCUCAAACUAUAUGAAGAAGA